AUGGCUUCCAACAAUAUGCAAUUCGGUCUACCAGCCAGACCACAUGUCACUGUAUCGCAAAGAAUGAUUCCACGCCAUAUCCAGUCACAAGAAGCCUCCAAGCCAAGGGAAUUGACAGGGGAUAGUGCGUAUAUUCAAUCAAGAAAAGAGCGAAGAAGGGCGAAUCUGGAGAUUAGUCAGGAGACAUAUCUGCCUCGACCGAGCAUACGACAACCUUCUCCGGUACCGAGAUCAAAGUCUGAGACCGGAUCCAGAGGAUCAAUGGCCUUCCCAUUGGAGUUUAGAAGCCGUUUUGAUAGAGAUGUUUCUAGUCCACCUCCCAUUCCGCCCGUCAGAGGAAAACUAUCUCGAAACGUUUUGAGGAGAAAGGCCUCUUCGAUAGCUCAACAUGCCGAGGUUAGUCGACCUACGACAGCUAGGACAGCAACUAGCUCUCCUGCUAGUUGGGGGCAGGUAUCGGGACAUAAACUUGUUACUCAAACUUCAAUUGAACCAGUGCCUCCGCGUGCUGAAACCUCACAGCGAGCUCAAAAGGUUUCGACUUCUUCCAUCAAGGAGGUUCCACGGGUAAUACCAGAGUUGGAUAGAUAUCGAACAAAACCAGAACAACAUCGCGAAGAAUUGAAUGCCAGAUUCAGGUCCAAUAUUCCUUACAAGUUAACGACUCCUGAUAUAUCCCCUCCUACCCCUUCGAUAUCCGCAGGUUUCGUAAGUUCGGGUUCCAGUCACAAGAGACAUAGUGGUUACAGUGGAAGUGGAUAUAGCGCAAGUCCUUCGACAAGAUUUUCGGAAUCUCCAGGUCCAAGCGCCUAUAGCAGAGAUACGACUCCUACCUCGAUGUCAUCAGUAUCGCCUAGCAUUCUCGUGCCUUUCAAGUCUAGCAUUCCAAAUCGUAGAGGAAGUAGUCCCACUAGGAAUCGACCACCUCUUACCCGAAGACGUGAGAGUAAUGCAUCAAAUGAGUUUGACGAUGCGAUUGUCGAUUCACGUGGACUACCCUCGUUGCGAGAGUCUGUUAAUUCAUCAUCAUCCAAUUCAACAGUCAAAGCCGAUGGAUUGGCUCGGGAUAAGGCACAUAAGAAGAAGAAGUCAUUGUCUCCCCUUCCACCUAGUCCACCACCUCGUAAGUCUUCCCAUCAAUACAAGAAGCUGCCCCAGGAGGAAAUGUCACCAGCCAGGGCAAACCCAAACCCACCAUGCACAGGACCCACUAUAUCUCCAAAAGCAUCGCCUCAUAGGUUGCCAGCUCCAUCAAUAGAGGUACAUGAUAGACCCUUUCCCCCGAGAAGGCCUAGCAGAGAUGGUGCCCCGGAUCUGAGAUCUCAGAUUGGAGACUUUGCAGUACUUCAAAGCAACUUUACUGGCAUGCAGUAUACACAUAACAAAAACAAUAGCAUUUCUUCUCAGAGAGCAGCUCCCUCUCCUCUUCAGACUUUAAUGACAACAGCGUCACGAGAGACCUCACGGAAUCCAUCUCCAGCUCCACUCCAACCACCACACCGUGAUCAGACUCCAGCACCAACGGGCCUUGGACUAAUCCCAAAUCUCAGGCCGCCUUCUCGUGGCCGUAUAACUCGAGCGCCAAGUCCAAGUGUAGACAGUGGAAAGCACCGCUUUGGACUAUUCAGUCGACGGACAAAGACUACUCCUGAAGUCACAAGUGUUCCCGUGGAGAAGCCUCAAAAGAAAGGGCCCGCUGCAGGUACUGGCCAUGAAGGUUAUACAAGAUAUGCAUUACGCGGACGUAGCACUACUGUGGUAACCACAGGGAAACCUCGAGAAAGAAGCCUAAGCGGAGCUCCAAUUUCUAGAGAACAAUUAGAUGCCACGGAUCCAUUCUUUAGAGAUCGAAUGAGCCCUGUAAUCAUAGCUGGUGGUGGUGCGAUAAAAGAGAAUUGGAACUCUAGUUCUGAAAUUAGUCGGACAGAAAGCAAUACGAGUCGUCCUCCACUGACCAAGAAUAUCUCUCAGGUCAGCAUGAGUCAAAAGACACCCGAAGCUGUUCUACAACCGUCAGCCAUUCCAAAAGAAAGCAACAAUGGGACGUCCGCUAUAGCCAUUUCCAAACUUAGAAGAUCCUCCGACAUUCAGGAUGAAGAUCAUCUAGAUAAGCCAUCCCUUGCAUUCCGGAGAUCGAUCCAACGUCUCAAUAACCCGACUAGUGCCUUAAAGAUCCCAAAGCCACUCAAUGUCACAACGAAGGAUCUUUCAUCUUCUAUGAGCAGCCACGAUCCUAGCUUGGUGUCUGGAGAAUCACAACUAGAAUUAAAGGACGUCAACGAGCGCGAAACUCACGCUUCAAUUAUCAAGCCGAAGAAACUAGAAAAGCGGACAAGGUCACCCCGGAAGUGGAAUUUCUUUCAUCGACAAGCCCCAAAAGUAGAAAUCGAGAUCAAACAUGAUGCAGUACCUGUCACUAUUGGUAGACAACCUGUUAAACCGAUACCACACUACGCUAUGUUCGAAUUUUCUGAUGAGCCAGAAGAUACCGAUAGUGUGGAUCUAGCAGAAAUCCUUAGAGAUUCGGAAGUUGUGGUUUUAACUGAUGAACAAUUGAAUGAACUUCAGUCUAGUAAUUACAAGGAAAACAUCCGACGUAUCGAAGAACUUCAAACAGCCAUGGCACCUUCACUCCCCGAGAUGAUACCAGCAACUGUUGUUUUAUCUUUGCCGGAACCAAUGAUGCCUCCAUCACCACAGGUCCCUCAGACACAGAUCGAAACGCAUAUUCCCAGAGAAGUCACACCUGUUCGACCAAGUCGCCUCCAACAAGUUGGCCGAAUCCCAAAGGUCAUUUCUGCAAGACCUGAAGCUACAUCUCCGAUAUCUUUCUCAAGACCAUUUGCGCGGUUGAGCACUAUACAACCUACGUUGAAUUUACCUUCAUUUGAUGUUGACUCGGUUGCAUUAGGAGCAAGUCCACCAAAGUUUUCUAGUCCUGAAACUUAUCCAGCACAGUUCAGCAGUCCUUCCUCCUACCAACAAGAAUUCCUUGCUUUUUCCCCCAGAAGCUCUCCCAGAAAUAACUCUACAGCUACGGCGAGUAGUUCCAGCACAAUCAACUGUGCCGAUAUCACGGCAAUCAUUCCCGAGCCUGACGCGGCGUUGGCAGAAGAUGAAGUAUGGAAUGAAUACGAUGACUUGAUCGAAGCUGAUGGUACGCCAAAACAAGCACGAAUUAUUUCCACAACAUCAUCUUAUGGUGUUCCAUUCCAAUAUGAAACGUAUCAGAGUCCCUCCUCUCGCAUUCUCAAGCCGAGCCUUCAAGCUUCUCCUUUUCCGAACCGCGAAUUACCUGAAAUUCCACGUCGAAGAUCGGCCAUUACAUCCAUAUCAUCGAGUUGUUAUAGCGUUGAUGUGGACACUACCAUCAAAGUUGAAGACAAAGAUACACCGAACCCCAUUCCAACGCCCACCAGGGCCGCCACUCCAGUAUCUUUCUCUGAGCUGUUCAACGGAUACGGCGAGCGUAACAAUUCCAUCCACUCAUCUAAUUUCCAACGGAUCUCCGCAGUUGAAUCACGAAAAUCCGGUUCUUCCAGUAACUCAUCCCGGAUUUCAGGAGCUAGUCUCAUGAGAAUCGAAUCUGAAGAAAGCAACUAUCCAAUUUCGCAGGUGAACCUGAGGGUAGGAAGUUUGAGUGUUAGUAAAUGGCUUACAUUUGGGAAUGUACUGUUUAGUCCGGCUAGAGAUGAAGUAGGUAACUUGAUGGAUGGACCCAGGACGAAAUGUCAUUCCAUUUUAGUUAUUGAUGGACUUGGCAAUGACGACUGGUCGUUCUACGCCGCUGAAACUUAUCCAGCUUGUACAUUCUACAACCUCUCGCCCACAGCCCCACCUCCACCCACAAGCACUCGAAACCCAACCUACCCCCUCCCGCCGGCAAACCACCGGCAAACCCCAUUCUCCCCCACAACCUCCCUCGCGAAAUUUCCCUUCCCCUCCUCUACUUUCUCCACAGUAAUCUUUCGCUUCCCCUCCUCCCUCACAAGCCAAAGCUACAACCACAUUCUGUCCGAAUCGCGUCGGGUCCUCAAACCUGGUGGAUACAUCGAAAUCACGCUUCUCGAUUUAGACAUGUUGAACAUGGGACCUCGCACUCGACGCGCCGUGCGCACCUUAAAAACGAAAUUGAAGUGUCGGGAUGAGGGGGUCGUGUUGGGGAGUUUAGGGGAUUUGGUUCUUCGGGGGUUGGGGGCCAGAGGGUUUGGAGAUGUGAAGACUUGUCGUGUUGGUAUUCCGGUUGUGGGGGUGUUGGGGCGGGUUAAAUAUGGGAAGGAGAAGGAGAAGAAAAAGGGGAAGGGGAAGGGGAAGGGGAAGGCAAAAGAAAGAGAGGGAGAGAAAGAACCGCCGAAGAAAAAACAAAAAGACUCGCGCAGUUUGGCCGAAAUGAUUAAUGAUGAAUCGGAAUCGGCUGAUGAGAGUAUUACGCGCAUGGUUGCGAAGGUGGGGAGGUGGUGGUAUAUGCGUUGUUAUGAAUCUUCUUUAAUCGCAUCUGCAUCGGUCUCAGCAUCCGCAUCAGCAUCAGCAUCAGCAUCCAAGAAAGAAAAGAACAAACUUGGAAAAGAGAGAAAAGAAAAAGAAAGGGAAGUCAAGAGUAUCUUUACAGAUAUUAACAUUCUAGAUGAAUGCGAGAAGUGGAAUGCGAGUUUUCAAUUGGUGGUUAUUCAUGCGCAGAAACCGGUUGUGGUUAGGAGGAGGACUAAUAGUGUUUGA